UCUCCUCAGUUCCUCUCGGGCGGUGGCUGCGGCAGCGGCGGCGCUACAAGUUUUGACAUUUUGGCGGCGGAGGAGCGCGUCGGCACUUCGGAGCCGACGGCUGUGGGAGCAGCCGACCCUCGAGGGCCUUUCAGCCGCACCCCGGCGCUCCCGCCGCCCAGGGUCGGGCGGCCACGAGGCCCGGCCGCGUCCUCCCGCGUUCGCCCGCCGGGCGCCUGCAGCCAUGUCGCGGGGGCCGGAGGAGGUGAACCGGCUCACGGAGAACACCUACCGGAAUGUUAUGGAACAGUUCAAUCCUGGGCUACGAAAUUUAAUAAACCUAGGAAAAAAUUACGAAAAAGCUGUUAAUGCUAUGAUCCUUGCGGGAAAAGCCUACUACGAUGGAGUGGCCAAGAUUGGUGAGAUUGCCGCCGGGUCCCCUGUGUCAACAGAGCUGGGCCAUGUUCUCAUAGAGAUUUCAAGUACCCACAAGAAACUCAAUGAGAGUCUUGAUGAAAACUUCAAAAAAUUCCAUAAAGAGAUUAUACAUGAGCUGGAGAAGAAGACAGAACUUGAUGUAAAAUACAUGAAUGCAACUCUGAAAAGAUACCAAACGGAACACAAAAGUAAAUUAGAUUCUCUGGAGAAAUCUCAAGCUGAGUUAAAGAAAAUCAGAAGGAAAAGUCAAGGAGGACGAAAUGCACUCAAAUACGAACACAAAGAAAUUGAGUAUGUAGAAACCGUUACGUCUCGCCAGAGCGAAAUCCAGAAAUUUAUUGCAGAUGGUUGCAAAGAAGCUCUACUUGAAGAGAAAAGGCGCUUCUGCUUUCUGGUCGACAAACACUGUAGCUUUGCAAAUCACUUACAUUAUUAUCAUUUACAGUCUGCAGAAUUACUCAAUUCCAAGCUGCCCCGGUGGCAGGAAACGUGUGGUGACGCUACCAAAGUGCCCGAGAAGAUCAUGAAUAUGAUUGAGGAAAUAAGGACCCCAAGCUCUACCCCCGUGUCCGGGACACCCCAGCCCUCACCGAUGAUUGAGAGAAGCAGCAUGGUUGGGAAAGAUUAUGACACUCUUUCUAAAUAUUCGCCAAAGGUGCCCCCAGCUCCUUCAGCCAGAGCGUAUACUAGUCCUUUGAUUGAUAUGUUUAAUAACCCAGCAACAGUUGGACAGAAUUCGGAAAGGAUAAAGAAUUCAACAGAUUCUUCAGAUGAUCCCAGUUUACCGCGAUCAGUCUCUGUUGCAACUGGACUGAACAUGAUGAAGAAGCAGAAAGUAAAAACCAUUUUCCCACACACUGCUGGUGCAAACCAGACUUUGCUCAGCUUCGCGCAGGGAGACAUCCUCACACUGCUCAUCCCUGAGGAGAAGGACGGCUGGCUUUAUGGAGAGCAUGACACCACCAAAGUGAGGGGCUGGUUCCCAGCAUCCUACACAAAGUUGCUGGAAGAAGAUGCAAAGGAGGCCAUGAGUGUGCCCACACCAAGCCUGGCCCCAGUGAGAAGCAUCAGCACGGUGAAUUUAUCUGAGAAAAGCAAUGUUGUCAUUCCCCCACCGGAUUACUUGGAAUGUUUGUCCCAGGGAGCGGCUGCAGAUAAGAAAGCAGAUGUUUCCAAAAAUACUUCUACCUUUAAAGCACCGGUGUCCCAGCCAGAAGCCACAUCUCCUAAUGAUGCAAAUGGGACAGCAAAGCCUCCUUUCCUCAGCGGAGAGAACCCCUUCGCUACCGUGAAACUCCGACCGACGGUGACAAACGAUCGCUCAGCGCCCAUCAUCCGAUGAAGGGAGGGCCCGGGAGCUCCAGUCCCUCCGUUAAGUUCUCACUUGCAAAAUGAUACAAAUUGUUCAACGUGCUGUAUCUGUUGUAAAGCUUCGCCAAGGGUGCCUGAUUUUAAUUGUAUUCUACUUGAGCAAAUCAAUGCAUUCUCUCAAUUUAACAUAGUUGGGUUGAUACAUUUCCAUCUUUAAGAAGAUAAAGAAUAGUUGAGUUGGAAA